CGGCGCCGCGCGCUCUCGAGCCUGGGCGCGCGCGCCUGGUCGAGGGAGGGUCCGGGAAACGAUCCUCGCAUGCCCUCUGUAAGGAGGCCGCCCUCCCCCGCUCCCUUCCGGUUCCGAAGCUGGUUGUCGGUUGAGCCCGGUGUAUGUGCGGUAACAACAUGUCGGCGCCGCUCCCUGCCAUAGUGCCCGCAGCCAGGAAGGCAAGCGCCGCGGUUAUUUUUCUUCAUGGAUUAGGAGACACGGGGCAUGGAUGGGCAGAAGCUUUUGCAGGUAUCAAAAGUUCACACAUCAAAUAUAUUUGUCCACAUGCACCAGUUAUGCCUGUUACCCUAAAUAUGAACAUGGCUAUGCCUUCUUGGUUUGAUAUUAUUGGACUCUCUCCUGACUCACAAGAGGAUGAACAUGGGAUAAAACAAGCUGCAGAAAAUAUUAAGGCUUUAAUAGAACAAGAAGUGAAGAAUGGAAUUCCAUCUCAUAGGAUUGUUUUGGGAGGCUUUUCUCAGGGAGGAGCUUUGUCUUUGUAUACUGCUCUUACAACACAGCAGAAAUUGGCUGGUGUUAUAGCCCUCAGCUGUUGGCUUCCACUUCGAUCUUCGUUUUCACAGGGUCCCAUCAGUGGGGUUAAUAAAGAUAUUUCUAUUCUCCAGUGUCAUGGAGACUGUGACCCUUUGGUUCCCCAUAUGUUUGGUUCUCUCACUGUUGAAAAGCUAAAAACAUUGGUAAAUCCAGCUAAUGUAAGCUUCCGUACCUAUGAAGGCAUGAUGCACAGUUCAUGUAACCAGGAAAUGAAAGAUGUCAAGAGCUUCGUUGAUAAACUCCUACCUCCAGUUGACUGACAUCAUUUAAGAGGCCUUCUAUAGAAGUACACCAGCAUCAUUGUAGUCAAGAAUAAACCUUUUCACAUGCCCAGUCCCGAAACUUUACAUCUACUAUAGCAGUGUUACUACCAAUUUGCAAAUACAUGCCAAUGAUACAGAUGAAAUAAUGUCUCUUCUUGGGAAAAUUAGGGUCUUUCAAGUUUCUAUACAUAUAUUUAUGAUAUAUGUUAUAAAAUAUACAAGUAUUAAAAUAAAUGAGGCAGCUGGGUUUUCUCCAAAUGUAAUUCAGCAUACUAAGAUAAAACACUGCGAUCUGACUUUUUUGAUUAAAUCAUUUUAAAAAAAGUGUUAGUAUGCUUAAUGAAAAUUUGGUCAGGUAUAAAUGAGCAGUUAAAAUAUAAUCACUUUAUGCGUGCGGUGACUUAGUAUAAGGAUUUGCUCCAAAAUUGCUUAGUCACCAUGCAUCUUCUGUAUUUUUAUAUAUGUAUUCAUAUAUAUGUGUGUGUAAUCCAUAAUAGGAAUGAGGUGAUGAUAUUACAUUAUCCCUGAGAAUAUGGGAUAAUGCUUUUAAGUGUCAAUGUAUAAGUAAUAUUGUGCUCUUCAUCUUAAUGGCCCUUGUAUUUAGGGACAGGGUUGUUUCCUUUCUUUUUCAAAAAAUCAUUUGUCACAUUUUUUUUCUCUGAUCAUGAAACUCAUUCUUCUUAUAUUACCCCUCCUAGCAGACCAAAUAUUUUCUUCAUACCAUGGUUAUUUGGUGUUAAUAUGUUGCUAUGAAGUGAUACCCUAAAUCAGACAUAUGGUAUAUAAGAUAUAUUUAUUUGGUAGGAAGAAAGUAGAUAACACUUUUUACUUUCAAAAUUGCUUAUUUCUUAAUUUGUAUAUUAAUGCAAGCUAAGAACUGUUUAGUUCAACAAAUUUUACAAGUUGGUUAAUAAGACUACUUUCAGGAUUAUAUUUUGCUGUAAUCAGCUGGAAAAUAUAUGUUGUUAUUCUACAUCAAGUAGUUUAAAUGCUUCCUGGAUUUUGGUCCUAAAGGAUUUCCUUUACUCUGUUGAUUUGAGACUAAAAUAGAGUGGAAAUAAUUGACUUUCCUUUGUGAAAGGUAAUGAUUUGCUUUGUUAGAGCAAGUUUCUUACAUAUCUGAGGAGUUACCUUUAAGAAAACUCAAUAGAGAAAAAUUACUGAGGACCUUUUAUUCAUACCUACAUGUACCGGAACAUUUAAUCAUCAGGUUUUAAUUCCUUUAUGACCUUCCAAAUUCAUAACUCAGAUUUGUUAUGAACUCGAGUAGAUAUUUAAUUUCAAUGAUCUUCCUGUCAUGGAUAUAGGAAUGCUUGGGUUUCAAUAAAUUAAUGGAUUUCGAUUUGAGGUUACCUGUUUUAUAGAUAUAUUUUAAACCAAGCACUGUGGAAAACUCAUUAGCCAUUGCAGAAUUUGCUUUUUUUUUUUUCCUGUCAGUUGACCAAUAUAAGAUUCUGACUUUUACAAAUGCCUUUUUAGAAUUAAUUUUUGUGCAAACAUAAAGUUGAUUUUUAUACAGACAAAAGUCUCAGAUCACUUGGAAAAUUAUUGAGAGGCAAAUUUGUUAAUGUACUAAUAGGGUUGUGUAACUAGUCAGAACCCUAUUUAAGUAAGCAUUCUGUUAUUAGAAUACUUUAAGACAUAGCAGAAAAGUAUGCUUGGGGAUUUAGAACUGUUAGUAAUUGUUAUACUGUAUUGCUAUGUUAUCAAUGCAUCUUUAUUAAAUAGGUGCUAAUUGUCACAUAAUGGAUAUAAUUUAGUAAUGUACUGUAUGAAAUGUUAAUAAUUAAACCAUAAGUUUAAGGUCUGGGCUUAAAAAUUUAAAACAAUCAUUUACUGAAUCACUUUAUUUUGAAGAACAUAAACUGUUUUAGUUGAUAUGAAAAUCAAUGAGAUGUUAACUACUUUAUUUAUGGUAAGAAAUCUCUUAUAUUCCGUUGAAAUGUUUUGCUGUAGAUGGGAAGAUGUACAUCUUUUUCACAGUUUCUAUCAAUGUGAAAUAAAGUUUAAAGCUGA